AUGUUAUUGCUAAUAAAAGGUACUUGUUUAUUAGAGAGAAAAAAGGAAAUUUAUAUAAUUUUAUUUCAGAAGGGUGCCUAUAUUAUAGCAUUUAUCUCAGCAUUUUUUGUACUGGCAAAUUUCGUACUGAAAGCUGCUGGAAUAUCAGAUAUUGGAUGGAACUGGGAGUUACUAUUUUUGUUUGUUGAUUUAGUUGCCGUUGCUUGCCUGGUCGGAGGGUUAUGGACAGAAAGACCUGCUCUGCUACAGCCUUUCGUCGUCCUCAGUAUUGUAACGAUCUCAUUUUUAAUACUUUUGACAUUGUUCUUCGCAUCAGCUGUAUACGAUUCUCAUUCUUAUGCCGGAGAAUACGUUGAAAUGCAAUUGGGUGAUAGGAAUCAACAAGCCGCUGAGCUUCUUUCUGUACAACAGAAAAACGGUAACAGUUUUGGUGUUUCGUUGUCAGUUGCUGCUGUCAUACAUAUUUGGUUUUUAAUUGUUGUUGUUCAAUGUGCUCAGUAUCUUCGGGAUAUGCGACCUUUCAAAGUAAGCAAAUACCGGUUACUAAUUUUUGUUUUGUUUUUUUCUCUUUUUUGUUUAAUAGGGUACUAA